UUUAUCGUUACGUUCUCGCGUCCGGCCGGUGGGUUUCCGGUGUAGUUGUUCGGGGUGUUGUGUGGAGUUUAUAUUCGCCGGUUAAGAUGAUAUUAUUGGAAAUCAACAACAGAAUAAUAGAAGAAACAUUACGGCUCAAGUUCAAAAAUGCCCAGUCAGCCAACAAGCCAGAGGCUGUCGAUGUCAAAAUUGCCGACUUCGAUGGAGUUCUGUACCAUAUAUCCAACCCAAAUGGUGACAAGACAAAGAUAAGGGUCAGCAUUUCAUUGAAAUUCUACAAGGAACUCCAAGAACAUGGUGCAGAUGAGCUCUUGAAACGAGAAUAUGGUCCCUUGCUGACGACAACUGAAGAUGGUUACAAUGUAUCGCUAUUGUUUGACCUGGAAAACCUUCCUGAGAACACAGAGGAGAUUGCACGCAAGGCCAGCCACCUCAAGAGGAACUGCUUUGCAUCUGUCUUCGAGAAGUACUUUGACUUCCAGGAGCGUGGUGAAAUUGGAGACAAGAGGGCCGUUAUUCCCUACAGGGACGAUGAAACCAUGUAUGUUGAGGCAAAGCCAGACAGGGUGACUGUAGUCUUCAGCACCAUCUUCAAAGAUGAAGGUGAUAUUGUCCUCGGAAAGGUAUUCAUGCAGGAAUUCAAAGAGGGCCGCAAAGCAAGCCACACAGCGCCACAAGUGCUCUUCAGUCACCGUGAACCUCCAAAAGAACUAGAGAACACGGAUGCCCGUGUUGGCAACAGCAUCGGCUAUAUUACAUUUGUGCUCUUCCCGAGGCACACAAAUCGCCAAGCAAGGGACAACACAAUAAACUUGAUUCACAUCUUCCGUGACUACCUGCACUAUCACAUCAAGUGUUCCAAGGCCUACAUACACUCCCGGAUGCGUACCAAGACAUCCGACUUCCUCAAGGUGCUCAAUCGUGCGAGACCAGACCCAAAAUCUGUAGAGAAGAAGACAAUCACGGGACGAACGUUCACACGCAACUAGCAAUGACAAGCUGUUAUCGAUGCAGAAGGUCUCGAAAAGAGACCUCAUUUGUUUAACCUUGGCACACAAGAAGCAAUUGGCCCGACGGUUUUUAAUUUAUAUGCCACGAACGCUUACCAGCCUUGUUGUGUUUGACAGAUGCAGAUUUAUAGUUAUGUAUUUCAUUUUAUUUUUACUAUUACUCCCUUGCACUUUUUUUUUCCUCCUCCCUUGUUACAUAUUCAUUUUGUCACACUUGUGGGAAUAAAUUUUGUGAUGAUUAAAAGGAGGGAACACGGUUACACACAAGUGAAUGACACAACACAUAUGCAUUAUGAUAUUCCUUAGCUGCUUAAAAAUGAGGCUAGGUGCGCCUGCGUUUUGUAUGUCGAGCACUGAUUUCUAGGGUUAUAGAAAUCUUCUUGAAUCAUUGCUUGCAGCAGUUUGCUGGGACAAACGCUGUGUGCUGUAAAUACUGAGGUGAUGAUGAUGAUUAAACUAAGUUCUUUAUA